CCGGCCGGGCCCGCGCCGCCCCGGGCUGAAAAGACACCGGUGGCACCCCGGCCCCGCCGACCUCGGGCCGGGCCGUCCACCGGGGCCGCCCUCGGGGCCGCCCCGCAGCCCUCGGCGCCCGCGAUGGUCCCGCACGGCCGGCCCUGAGCCCCGCGCUGGCUGGGGGCUCGGCCCCCUCCAGCCCCCACCCCGGGGAGCCGACACCAACUUCUGCUUUUGAACUCCGCUCUGCCCGCUUCUUUUGGCCCAGCGCGACCUCGGCAACCCAGACCGCGGCAGACCCUCCUGAGUGCCCAGAAAGGCCCCUGGGUGGCCUGGCGCCUCCCCGGCUCUUUCUGGAUGGAGGCUCCUCAGGAAGGUGCUGGCUGAACGCUUUGGCCUUCACCUUCCAGCCCCUGCUGACCACACCUCCCCUAGUGCAGAGGCUGCGUGAGGAGCAGGAAAUGCUGUACCAGCACAGCUGGCUCCCUGGGAUCUCUGUCUGACUGCCAGGAUGGAGGUAGGGCCGGCAACCAAGACCUUCGUGCUGGAGCUUCGGUGUCUUGAAGAUGGGGGCUCAGGGCCUGACACCCUCUCAGGUGGCAGCGGUGGGAGUGAGAGUCAGGAGGAGGAAGAGGCUCAGGAGAGGGGCAGUAGCCCUCCGCGGCCCGCAGUCUCAGCCCCGACGGGGGCCGGUGCAACCGCUAAGGGAGCCCCGCCACAACAGCAGGAGUUGCAACCCCAACAGUCAGAACAGCAGCCAGAGCUGCAGCAGCAGCCACAGCAGGAGCAGCUGCAACAGCUGCAGCCACGAGACCAAGUGUCAGGACACCAGCCAAACUCGCAGCAGCAACAGCGGCAGCAAGACGGGCAAGAGCAGCGGCCUCUACCACAGCCGGAAAAACCCCAAUCUGUGCAACAGGAGCCACUGAAACCACAGCUGCAGCUGAUGCAACAGCAGAAACAGUUACAAGAGCAGCACAUGCAAGAGCACCAGCUGUCACAGCAGCAGCAGGAACAGUUCCAGCAGCAGCAAGAUGGGCAACAGCAGCUGCCUCGACAGCAGCAAGAACUACAGGAAAACCCCCAAUCUGUGCAACGUGAGCAGCAGAAAGCACAGCCGCAGUGGCUGCAACAGCAGGAACAGCCACAGGAGCGGCAAGUGCAAGAACAGCAGCCGUCACAGCAACAGCGGGAACAGUUACAAUCACAGCAGCUGCCACCACCACAGCAGCAGUUGCAACAGCAGUUACAGCAGGAACAGCCACAGCUGCAGCAGCAGGAACAGUUACAACCGCAGCAGCGACAGUUACAGCUGCAGCAGGAACAGUUACAACCGCAGCAGGAACAGUUACAGCCGCAGCAGGAACAGUUACAGCUGCAGCAGCAACAGUUACAACCUCAACAGGAACAGUUACAGCCACAGCAGAAACAGUUACAGCCACAGCAGGAACAGUUACAGCUGCAGCAGCAGCGACAGUUACAGCUGCAGCAGCAACAGUUACAGCAGCAGCAGCAGCUGCAGCAGCAACAGUUACAGCUGCAGCAGCAGGAACAGUUGCAGCAGCUGCAGCAGCAACAGUUACAGCAGCAGCGGCUGUUGCAGCAGCAGCAAGAACAGUUACAGCAGCAGCUGUUGCAGCAGCAGCAAGAGCAGUUGCAGCUGUUGCAGCAGCAGCAAGAACAGUUACAGCAGCAGCUGUUGCAGCAGCAACAGUUACAGCAGCAGCAGCUGCUGCAGCAGCAGCAAGAACAGUUGCAGCAGCAGCAGCUGCAGCCCCGGCCACUGGAGCCAGAGGAGGAGGAGGAAGAGGUGGAGCUGGAGCUCAUGCCGGUGGACUUGGGGUCGGAGCAGGAGCUGGAGCGGCAGCGGCAGGAGCUGGAGCGGCAGCAGGAGCAGCGGCAGCUGCAGCUCAAACUGCAGGAGCAACUGCAGCAGCUGGAGCGGCAGCUGGAGCGGCAGCAGGAGCUGCAGCUGGAGGAGCCGCCGGAGCUGCAGCUGGAGCUGGCCCCGGUGGAGCUGGGGGCUCAGCCGCCGGAGCUGCAGCUGGAGCUGGCCCCCGUGCCGCCGGAGCUGCAGCUGGAGCUGGUGCCCGCCGCGGGGGGCGGCGGUGCCGCCGUCCCGGGGACGCCCGCCGCGGUCGUGGUGGCGCCCCCGGGCUACGUGGUGCUGCAGGAGCUCAUGGUGCUGCCGGCCGUGUCGGCGCCCUCGGUGGUGGCCAUCCCGGGCCCGGCGGGCAGCGCGGCCCUGACGCCGGCCCGGCAGCGGCGGCGGCGGCGCGCCCGGGACCGGCCGACCAUCUGUGGGGAGUGCGGCAAGGGCUUCAGCCGCAGCACGGACCUGGUGCGGCACCAGGCCACGCACACGGGCGAGCGGCCCCACCGCUGCGGCGAGUGCGGCAAGAGCUUCUCGCAGCACUCGAAUCUGGUGACGCACCAGCGCAUCCACACGGGCGAGAAGCCCUACGCGUGCCCGUACUGCGCCAAGCGCUUCAGCGAGAGCUCGGCGCUCGUGCAGCACCAGCGCACGCACACGGGCGAGCGGCCCUACGCCUGCGGCGACUGCGGCAAGCGCUUCAGCGUCUCGUCCAACCUGCUGCGCCACCGCCGCACGCACUCGGGCGAGCGGCCUUACGUGUGCGAGGACUGCGGCGAGCGCUUCCGCCACAAGGUGCAGAUCCGCCGCCACGAGCGCCAGCUGCACGGCGCCGGCCGCUCCCGGGGCCUGGGCCUGCUCCGCGGCGCGCGCGCGGCCGCCGGCGGGGCCCCGCGCGCCGAGCAGGCUGCGGACAAGGCGCCGUGACCCCGGGCGGGGGCCGAGGUCGGGGAGGGCGCCGCUCGCCCUGCCCCCCCCCCCACACCCGGGAAGCGCCGCGCCCGCUAGGACGUCUUGACCCAGUUCCGGGGUCUCGGGACGUCCUGGAAUAUCGCCGGGAAAAG